CACGCAGCCUUCCCCGCCAGGAUCGGCUCCCUUCCUGCUAGGGGGUGCCUGCUCGGCUUUUGUUUCCUCCAGCCCCGCCCCCACCCCGGCUGAGCUGGCACACAUGCUGUGCCUGCUCCGUGCCUCCCUCCACCUGGCGCUGUGGGAGCACCCGGGAGCCUGGGGCGGUGGGGUCGCGGUGCUGGUCCAUCAUGGGCUGUGAAGCGGACCGUGGCGACCUGCCCAGGCUUUGACGCUGCUGCUCGGGGUGGCCAGGACACAGGGGCCUCAGGAGAGGGCACUCGCCCUGGUCCCCAGUGACCUGACUGCAGAGGAGCGUCAGGAGCUGGAGAACAUCCGGCGGCGGAAGCAGGAGCUGCUGGCCGACAUUCAGAGGCUGAAGGAUGAGAUAGCAGAAGUAGCUAAUGAAAUUGAAAACCUGGGAUCCACAGAAGAAAGGAAAAAUAUGCAGAGGAACAAACAGGUAGCCAUGGGCAGGAAGAAAUUUAACAUGGACCCUAAGAAGGGGAUCCAGUUCUUAAUAGAGAACGAUCUGCUGAAGAACACUUGUGAGGACAUUGCCCAGUUCUUAUAUAAAGGUGAAGGGCUCAACAAGACGGCCAUCGGAGACUACCUAGGGGAGAGAGAUGAUUUCAACAUCCAGGUUCUUCAUGCCUUCGUGGGGUUACAUGAGUUCACUGACCUUAACCUUGUCCAGGCUUUACGGCAGUUCCUGUGGAGCUUCCGGCUGCCGGGAGAGGCCCAGAAGAUCGACCGGAUGAUGGAGGCGUUUGCCCAGCGGUACUGCCAGUGCAACAGCGGCGUCUUCCAGUCCACGGACACAUGUUACGUCCUGUCGUUUGCCAUCAUCAUGCUCAACACCAGCCUGCACAACCCCAACGUCAAAGACAAGCCCACGGUGGAGCGGUUCAUCGCCAUGAACCGGGGCAUAAACGACGGCGGCGACCUGCCCGAGGAGCUGCUCCGGAAUCUGUAUGAGAGCAUAAAAAACGAGCCCUUUAAAAUCCCAGAGGACGAUGGGAAUGACCUCACUCACACUUUCUUCAAUCCAGACCGCGAAGGCUGGCUGUUGAAACUCGGAGGUGGCAGGGUGAAGACUUGGAAAAGACGCUGGUUCAUUCUGACUGACAACUGCCUUUACUACUUCGAAUAUACGACGGAUAAGGAGCCCCGUGGAAUCAUCCCCUUAGAGAACCUGAGCAUCCGGGAGCUGGAGGACUCCAAAAAGCCAAACUGCUUUGAGCUUUAUAUCCCGGACAAUAAAGACCAAGUAAUCAAGGCCUGCAAGACCGAGGCCGACGGGCGCGUGGUGGAGGGCAACCACACCGUGUACCGGAUUUCUGCCCCGACGCCCGAGGAGAAGGAAGAAUGGAUCAAGUGCAUCAAAGCGGCCAUCAGCAGGGACCCUUUCUACGAGAUGCUGGCGGCUCGGAAGAAGAAGGUGUCCUCCACGAAAAGGCACUGAGUCUGUGCAGGGGGCCGGUCCGUCCCCGCACCUCCCAUGUCGGGGGGCUCGCCCUGAGUUCUAGAGACUCGCUUCAGCUUUUGCUAUUUUUUUCUAAGUGGGCGGAGGGUAGCAGUUAGCGCUGGGGAAGAGGGACCCCGAACCGCAUCCAGCAGGGGCUUGAGUCUCUCUGAAGAGAACGGAGCUCGGUUUACCUCCCGGUUAUUUCAUUGAAGAAGCCUUCAGCCCUGCUCCGUGAGUUCCUAUAGGGAUAUACUGUUACAUGUUCAGAAAAGGUGGAAUGGGAGUGAAGCCACGUACUCUAAAGAUAUAUUUUUGUUUUCUAAAAAGAGAAAGUAAAAUAGAGCUGUUCAGAUGCGCCCUGCCCCAUGUACCUGGGGAAGCUUCUCCCUGGGCAGCUGCUAAGGGGUGUCAGCCCUGGGCCCAGGGGGGCAGGCCGCCUCCUGCACUCCGGGGAGCCGGCGGGCACGCCAGAGGGUGGAGGAGGCAGCAAGCACUCCGGACUUGACAGCGUCUGCCUGGGAUCUGCGGCGGCCUUGGCAGGUGGCGGGCAGGUGGGCGGGCAGUGGGCGGCCUCGGCGGGUGGCUCCCGCUGAUGCUUUUCCUGUCCAAGUGCCCUGGGACCACUGAACGGAGAAGAGUCUGGACACUUGCGUUGCUUUUCUCUUUCAGAAUUCAUUCUUGUCGGGUUUUAAAAUAGGAAGUGAGCAUUUUUUCUUGAGCUAAAUACCUAAUAACCAAAACUGUGAGGCAGGUGACCCCAGCAGAGGCUCUGGGGUGACCUAACUGUUCUUAUUUGGUUUUCCUUCCUCCUCCCAAAGUCCAGUCCUCGUUUUAGAGGAAGGAGGAGGUCCCCCCAUCACCUUAGGGCUUCAGCGUUUCCUGACUCUGAAGUGGCCCUCACCUGGACUGCUCUCCAUGCAUUUUGUGGGGCCCUUAGGAGGGAAGUGGGCCUUUACCUGCUCGGCGGGGGCGGGUGGAGGGGCAAGGGGGCGAGAAGGUCGGCCUCCCCGGUCACUUUGCUUUCCCAUCGCACGACACGUGCAUUGGCCUCACCCCUCCACAGUGUGAAAGGAGCCGUGAAAAGCAGCCCUCUCCUGCCGUUCUCUCAGGGACUCUCGGGCACUCCUGCCGCUCGCCAGGGCCUGUGUGCCGGUCCAGCCAGAGCAGGGGCUGGCCGGGCAAUCUCGGCCUGUCCCUCCAGGUGCCCAGGACCAGGCAGUGCUGGCCCAGUGCUGCCUCACGGAAGAAGGCGGAAGAGCCGUCGGUCUCCCCCGGGCAGCGGGACCCCGGCUCCCCCGACACCUUUAAGGCAGGCUCACAUCUCUGGAAAUAGCUUUUGUAAAACAGACUGGUGGAGGAGUGUUGGGGGGGCUCUCUGGGGCACCCCCUUCGUGCAGGUCCUACCUGGAGUGGCUUCGGGUACUUUUAUGCCAGAGCUCGUGAAGGUGACAGAGGAGGAUCCAGGCUGGAAACCUGAACUUUCUGGGCGGCAGAACCAGGGUGGUGCAGCCGAAGUCCAGGUGGCCUCGUGCCGGAGCCCUCCGCUGCCUGCAGGUGACCUGGACAGAGAGGCACCUGUCAGUAUUAUUAAGUCUAUUUAUCAGAGGUGUACAUAAUCCAUGUAUAGUUUUUCUCCUUUCAGAUUAUUUUGUAUUUGUUUAAAAAAAGUUUUGUCAAAAUAUAUAAAGAAAUGACUGAAAGUUAUUGACAGGGUUUUUAAAAAAUUAUAAUUAUUCCAAUUGUU